GCCACCUUUCACCUACAGAGACGAGUCAAAGUAAAACCCAAGGAUACGGCGUGUAGUCGUAAGUUUAGAGACAGCCGAGGGCCAAGUGCUUUUCGCCAUCACCGCCUCGCCUCUGGCGCGGACCCGGUGCACAGUUGCCCAUCGAUAGACCCUUCUCGCCGGCCCUUCGAAUCAAGAACAAACACAUCCCGUAAUCUCAGCUCAAAAUAAUCGCCUUCCCUUUCCCCUCCAAUCCCCAAUUUUUAAAACCCUAAACCUAAGCGACCCAUCGCUCCCCCGAACUCGAAUUCCCCACUUCGAUCCAUCCAUGGUGGCCUAGAAUUCGAAUUUCUCCUCUUCGAUCGAUCUAUCGAGGGCUUCGAAGUCGAGCUCUAAAACCCGAGACCGCGGAGGACACCAUGAAGGCCUCCAUCAGGUUCCGAGAGGACCAGAAGCCCCUUGUGAGGGCCAAGAUCCCCAUCAGCAUCUUCGGCCUCCCCUUCCUUUCCGGAGUUUCCGCCGGCGAGUCCCGGGAGCUCCGCCUCGACCUCGCAACCGCCUUCGACUCCGGCCCCUCUUUCCGCGUCUCCUAUCGCCCCAAUGACUCCUGGAACCCCUUCAGCCUCGGAGUCAAGACUGGGAUCGGCACCUUCGGCUCCCCCUUUGGCGCCCCCAUGGCGAUGACUGCCGAGUUCAACCUCCUCGGCGCCGGCGUCGGCGGCCCCACCUUCUCAAUCCUCUUCAAACCACGCCUCGGCGACUUCUGCAUCAAGAAAACCACCGGAUCCGCCGGCAUCGCGCCCGCUGUGGGGAGGAAGAUUGCCGUCGAUGCCGACACGGACGGGGAGGGAUCGGUAGACGGGGUCGAGACACCCGUCAUGGGGUUCCGGCCGGAGAACGGGAGUCACCUCGGGAAGAAGGUGAACAGAUUCCCGACGGAUUUCACCCCCAGAGGUGGCGGGAUCCAAGGCCUCCUCUCUGGCAUGGAGAUCACCGCGAGGAGCGUCCUCCCACUCCGGAGCCGUGCCGCGGUGAGGUUCCGGUGGGGGGUGAAGAUGCCACCGGAGCUCCGCGCGGCUUUCGCGGAGGAUGCCGGCGGGGUGAGGGUGCCGGCGGCCGGAAUCUCGCUCACCAAGCUCCCGCUUCUUGUGAUGAACAAGAUCUCGAUCGAACACGUGGCGUUGGACGACAGAAAGGCGAAGGAGCAGACGGCUGUCGCCGGUGGCGACGUCGCGGAGGCGUGCCUGUCGGUGAGGCGGCAGCUGGAGGCGCUGCAGGCUGAGAAUGGGCUGCUGAGAAAGGCCGUGGAGGAGCUUCGGGCGGAAGUCAGCGGUGGGCAGGCGGCUCCAUCGGCCGGAUGUCAGGUCUUCGGCGGCGGUGACGUUGGCAAGGGCGGGAAUAAGGCGGCGGCGGGGAAAAGGGACCGCUGGACCGAUGGGAAGUCGCAGGAGAGCUCCGGGAAAGUGGCGGCGGAGGAGGUGAACGAGGAACUGAAGAAGGCUUUGAUGGGCGCCGGAAAAAUCUGAAAGCAGUAGGCGGUUUGGGCGAGUCAGAUAGAGAGCAGUUGGGUGCUUGCGUUUUGGCGUAGUCUGUUUCGUGCGUUAUAUAGAAAAUAUUAUGUUUAUAAAGUUUUUAAGGCUAGCAUUAUUGUGCUGUGGUCUUGUAGGACCUUUUGUUGGGAGAGUUUGAUGUGUACAAAAUUUAUAUGUUUUUCGUAAUGGAAGUCAUUUAUUGGAAUGCUUCUA